AUGAAGAUUGCCAUUAUUGAAUAUUCCACCUACGGCCACAUCACUCAAUUGUCUAGAGCCGUUCAAAAGGGUACCGCCGAAGCUGGUUACAAGGCUGACUUGUUCCAAGUCCCAGAAACUUUACCACAAGAAGUCUUGGACAAAAUGCAUGCUGCUCCAAAACCAACCGAUAUCCCAGUUGCCACUUUAGAUACUUUAACUCAAUAUGAUGCCUUUAUUUUCGGUAUCCCAACCAGAUUUGGUACUGCCCCAGCUCAAUUCUUUGAAUUCUUUGCUGCCACUGGUGGUUUAUGGGCUUCUGGUGCUUUACACGGUAAACCAGCCGGUGUUUUCGUUUCUACUGGUACUCAAGGUGGUGGUCAAGAAACCACUGUUAGAAACACUUUGAACUUUUUAGCUCACCACGGUAUGCCAUAUAUUCCAUUCGGUUACGCCAAUGCUUUUGAAUUACAAGCCAACUUGGAUGAAAUCCACGGUGGUUCUCCAUACGGUGCUGGUACUUUUGCUGGUGCUGACGGUUCUAGACAACCAAGUAAAUUGGAAUUGUCUGUUGCUGAAAAAACAAGGUGA